AUGGAUUAUCUCUCUCCAAUCAGUCCUGGAGGCGAUGACUGUAGUGAAUACACACCAAGCACGAAAAAUUACGACGACAGUUUGAACGCUGCCGAUUAUGGCGUUAUCGGUGGGUACUUUGCAAUCGUCAUAUUCACCGGCCUCGGAGUCACGAUUUAUUCAAAUCGGCAGCGGAAGAAAGCCGGGGCUGAUCAAGAAGCGAGCGACUUCUUUCUUGCCUCGCGAUCGAUGUACUUUAUUCCAGUAGCUGCGUCACUCUUUUCGUCAAACAUCGGAUCGGGUCAUUUUGUUGGCUUAGCAGGAACAGCAGCUGCGAACGGCCUCGCCGUCGGAGCCUUUGAAUGGAACGCGAUGGUGAUUCUCUUGGUUCUUGGCUGGCUCUUUCUUCCCGUUUAUACUGCCGGAGGGAUUUCUACAAUGCCCGAAUACUUGCGAGAGCGUUUUGGAGGCCAGCGAAUUCGAAGCUUCUUGGCCGUUUUGAGUCUUCUCCUCUAUGUCUUCACCAAAAUCUCAGCCGACUUAUUCGCCGGCUCUAUUUUCAUUCAAGUCGCGUUGGGCUGGGAUAUUUAUCUCUCUGUCAUUGUCCUCCUUGCUAUCACUGCUGUUUACGCCGUUACUGGAGGAUUAAAAGCGGUCAUUUACGUGGAGGGAGUUCAAACAAUUAUUAUGGUUGUUGGUGGAUUCAUUCUUCUGUUCAUGGGUUUGGCGGAAAUUGACGGAGGCUUCAGUGGUUUGUUUUCCAAGGACUACCCUUGCUCUGCGCCGCAGAAUGACAACAACUUGAUCGUCAACGGCACGGAAAUUUCCGACGAGUGUUUGUACCCACCCGCCGUCUGGAACAACAUCAUUCGACCGGCCGAUGAUCCAGAUUUCCCCUGGCCCGGUGUCGUCUUUGGAAUGGCGGUGGGCUCCAUUUGGUACUGGUGCUCGGACCAGGUCAUUGUCCAGCGAACGCUUUCGGCGAAGGACUUGAGUCAUGGAAAACUUGGGUGUGUUUGCGCUUCGGUUUUGAAAGUACUCCCGGUGUUUUUGAUGAUGGUGCCAGGAAUGAUUUCAAGAGCUUUGUGGCCUGAUGAAAUUGCUUGCACAAACGCGGAAACUUGCAAGGCCUUUUGCGGCACUGAAAGUGGCUGUACAAAUGUGGCUUAUCCAACGCUUGUAAUGCGCAUUUUGCCGAAUGGGCUCAAAGGACUUUUGCUCGCAGUCAUGCUCGCGGCACUGAUGUCAUCAUUAACGGCGACGUUUAACUCUGGCUCUACCUUGUUUACGAUGGAUAUAUGGAAGCGCUUCCGUAAACAAGCCGGAAACUUGGAGUUGAUUUUGAUUGGAAGGUUGUUUAUGCUUGUCCUCAUCGGUAUUUCGAUUUUGUGGCUCCCAUUCAUCGCCAAUUCCAACAGUGGACAGCUGUUUGUCUACAUCCAGUCAGUUUCAAACUUCCUCUGCCCGCCGAUCGCUGUGGUCUUUACCAUGGCGAUUUUCUGGUCGCGGACAAACGAGCCGGGCGCGUUUUGGGGAAUGACACUUGGCCUUAUCGUUGGCUGCACUAGAAUGAUGCUUGAAUUUACAUCUGCCGAGCCCGGUUGCGGCGAGGCUGAUAGCAGAUCAUUGGUGCUCGUCAAGGUGCAUUAUUUGCACUUUGCUUUGGUUUUAUCCGCGUUUGUUGCGAUUGUCACUGCCGUCGUGUCACUACUUACACCACCUAUUCACCCCAAAUAUAUUCGUCGUCUAACUUUCUGGAGCCGCUUCCAUCCAAAGCCCCGUGUUUCUAUGUCGGCAAUUUCAAGGCAACGACACGAAAUGGCAGAAAUUGUCUCACCCAAAGUGGAAAUCCAGCAGGAAGAAAAGAAAGGCCUCCGCGCUCGAAUCCAACGACGCUGGUUCAAAAACGAAGUCGACCCCAACAAGCAAGUGAAAUACAACAUCGAAGGCUUCUCGAUCGUCGAAGACAAAAAAUGGGAGCGCGCUGCGAAUAUUGGCGCAGUCGCGAUAACGUGUUUGACGUUUUUCUUGUAUGGCUUCUUUGCUUAG